UACUAUUCGUUCCUGAUUAUUAGAACAAACGAUAACAAAACAAAAGUCACCUAUUCAACUUCAAUUCCAUCUUUUUUGCCAAAGACUCCUUCAAAGAAUAAAGGUGAAAGUUUUAGUCGCGUUCUUAGCCCUUCAAACAAGCCAAAACCCAGAAAAUUUUCAGAAAUAGAGGGAGAGUUUUUUCAGGCAGAUGCUAUAUAUACAGAUCUUUGAUGGGUUUUUGCCAUAGAUGCUUUUUGUUUUUCUUUUUAAGUUGUCUAUGAGAAUCUUUUUUAAGGCUUUUGAAGAUGAGUAGUGGUGGAGGUGGCCAAUCUUCUUUUUCUCAAAGUAUAUGUAUCCGAGAAAUUAUAUGCAACGGGGGCGCUGGUGCUGCAGCAGGUGCAAUUGCAGCCACCUUUGUGUGCCCUUUAGAUGUAAUCAAGACAAGGUUACAAGUGCAUGGACUCCCUCAAACUUCACAAUCUGGUGUUAGAGGCAGUGUCAUUAUAACAAGUCUACAAAAUAUAAUAAGAAAUGAAGGUUUGAAGGGUUUGUAUCGUGGACUUUCACCAACAAUAAUUGCUCUACUUCCAAACUGGGCGGUGUAUUUUACAAUUUAUGAGCAACUAAAAGGCCUAGUCACUUCACAUGAUGAUAACAGUGGGCAGCUCACAAUUGGGGCGAAUAUGGUAGCUGCUGCUGGUGCUGGGGCUGCCACAGCCAUCACAACAAAUCCACUAUGGGUUGUAAAGACAAGACUCCAAACGCAAGGAAUGAGGACAGGUGUGGUUCCCUAUACAGGUGUACUUUCUGCUUUAAGAAGAAUUGUACAUGAGGAAGGCUUUCGAGGGCUGUAUAGUGGAGUUUUGCCAUCUUUGGCUGGGAUUAGUCAUGUUGCGAUCCAGUUUCCAGCAUAUGAAAAGAUCAAAUCAUAUAUGGCAAAAAAGGGAGAUACAAUGGUUGACCAUCUAAAUCCUACUGAUGUUGCAAUUGCCUCAUCAAUAUCAAAAGUGCUGGCCUCUAUUAUGACUUACCCACAUGAGGUUGUUCGAUCGAGGCUGCAAGAGCAAGGGCAGGUGAGGAACACUCAGGUGCAGUACGCAGGGGUGGUUGAUUGCAUUAGAAAGGUAUUCCAGAAGGAAGGUGUUUCAGGCUUUUACCGUGGCUGUGCAACUAAUCUCCUGAGAACAACACCAUCAGCUGUCAUCACAUUUACCAGUUACGAGAUGAUUCACAGAUUUCUGAACCAGGGUUUACCUCAGGGAACUAAGAACUCAGAGGUGGACCCUAGGUAUGAUGGCCAUGUCAAAUCCUGGCCUAAUAAUAGAGGAAGUGUGGAAGACAAUAAAUUAUCGCAAACUCAGUCAAAUAAGAUUACACCAUAAAAUCCCAGUAGAUGCUUUGUUAGGGAUCAAACAAGAGCCUGGUAAGUGUGUACUAAGAUUUUGUUGGAGAAAUUUUUUCAUAAAUGUAACUGAACUUAUGUACUCAAA